CACCUCGCUCUCAUUGCUUUUUGUUUUAGGUUGACCCAAGCAGCAAGUAGCUUGGUUCGAGGUUAUCAAGGAGGACCCGAGAUUUGCUGUCUGUGUUGUGAGAAUGGGUUUCUUCUCGUUUCUCGGAAGACUCCUCUUUGCUUCCAUUUUCAUUCUCUCAGCAUGGCAAAUGUUCGAUGAAUUUGGUGUUGAUGGUGGACCAGCUGCAAAAGAAUUAAUUCCCAAGUUUACAGUCAUCAAGCAACAUAUAUCCUCCAAAUUGGGGUUAGGGGUGCCAAAUAUCGAUGUUCGUAAUUUGGUUGCUACAACUAUUGUUCUGAAAGGGCUUGGAGGCAUUCUAUUUGUGUUUGGCAGCUCAUUUGGAGCUUAUCUCCUGCUUCUCCACUUGGCAAUUACCACUCCGUUGUUGUAUGACUUCUACAACUAUGAGCUUAACAAGCCAGAAUUUCAUUUGCUUUUGCCUGAGUUCCUGCAGAGUAUAGCCCUCUUUGGUGCAUUGCUCUUUUUCUUGGGGAUGAAGAACUGCAUCCCAAGGAGGCAACUCAAGAAGAAGAUCCCUAAAACAAAGACAGUAUAGAUAUAAUACAAAGAAGUUGAAUAUUGGAUUGUUUUUGGAGGUGUUCAAAUUUCUGGGUGUCAAGCAGCUGCCUGGCAGCAUCAGAUUAUGGUUGUGGCCGUUUUCUCAAGCUAUUUAUUCAUAUACCACUUUCUGUAAUUUUCUUUAUUUUCCUUUUCAAGGGGUUGUCACAUGGAUUUAUCUCCAUUCCAGAAUGACGCAAUUGCCAUUUAAAUGAUUUCUGUUUUAACCAUUUCCUUUUUGUUUUUUACUUGUAAUGGUUACUUUAUGAGCUUAGACAACCCUGAUAAUCUGGAUUCUGGAAUGCAUAAUACUCUUGGCACCGUUUGAGCAGCUUGUUUGGGAUGAUAAUCGAACGGUAUCUCUGGGUUUCAAUUUGUGUAAUUUUAUUGUCGUUUCAUUUGAUUCCCCUGUUUUCA